AUGUUUUCAAGUGGCGAUAAACCUCAACUGCGCCUCGAUCCAGAACCCCAAUCACCUGGCAAGCUCGAAAAGUCCCACAAACCUUAUAAUUUCAUGGGCCAAGGGGAGAGCAAUUAUGUAUUUGAUGCUCUUAAAAGCAAUAGGGAGCUAAGCGGACGUGUCAAGUACGUCAUACGUUCUGGGCUGGAGCUCAUGUACCACGAGGCACGGGACAUGCACCCGCUAAUGACGCCCGACACAACUUUAAUUACAUCCAAAUUACUGCUCGACGUUAUAAAGUCCACGGCUAUGUUCGGCAAUCAUUUGACCUCUGGUGACUGGUCUGCAGUGGCUUCCGAAACCACUUUGGUCCAUAAUGCUCAGGCCAUAAGAUCAAAACUCCCAUACAUCGAUUUAGUGCGGUCGGAAGGAAGCAAUUUAUAG